AUGCCUACAUCAUUCGACAUGUUUUCAGUAUCGAAGACGAAUGCCCCCACCGCCGAUGAUGAGGAGGUCGCCGCCGACCCUGACGAACCUCCAGAUCAUCGUCGCCUUGCCAAAAGACCUUCUCUCGCUUUCUCUCGAUCCAUUACUCUACCUCCUCCCACCUACGCCAAGACGAAGGCCAUCGAUGGGAGGAAGAAAGAGUCACUUCUGACCCGAGCCCUCUUAAGCAGCCCAGAGCUGUCACCCAUCGAUUCAGCUACAGCGAAGCUGCCUACGAUUCCAGACUUGGCUGGCCUGACGACUUCAUCCGCCCUCUCGAAUCGCAGUAUUGCAUCGACCGCUGAAUUAACAAGCGACAGUGAGACCACCAGCCCCUUCCGCUCGAAUACGCCCAGCCCUCCUCCCCAGUAUAACCGGUUGCCUCAUGUUGACCACCAUGGUGUUGUGCACGCAAAACCUGUCGACCAACGUGAGUUGCAGUUGGAGGCGAACCUAGGCCGCAAACGCUGUAUCACCUUUGCUUGUGGCCGCCAACUUAUCAAUGAGGAGAACAAGGCAUCCAGUGAGCCUAUUAAAGAGGCUAGUGCUGGAGCAGCCAUUAAGCGAAAGUCUGCACUCACUUUUAUCUGCCCCACCCGACCUGGUGUGAAUGAAAGCGACCGAAAAGAAGCCUCACCUGCGCUUGGGAAAGCACCGCUUAGUUUGCGAGCCAGUCGAUCCCCUGCACCUUCAACCUUACGCGGUGGUAGUCACACAUCAGCCCCCAACUCAAUGACUUCCAAACCACAAAUCUCAACUACGUCAGAUAAGGAUCAAGUGAAACAGCAAAAUGUUCUUUCUGAUGCUGUGCGUUUUCAUGAGUUUGGAAGCGAAUCAGAUGAUGAUGAUUGGGUCAAUCAAGAAACGAACUACAAGCAAAAGAUCACAAUGAAUGACUGCAUGAAGAAGGAGCUGGCUAUUAGAAAACUAGGUGAAGAGGCAGAGGAAGAAGCUAGACAAGACGAAGAGGAUGACGCUGAAAUUAAUGAUGAAGAUGACGAUGAUGAUGACCUUGAGGAUGAGGAUGACGAGGAUGAUGAUGAAGACGGUGAUGAUGGUGAUGAUAGUGAUGACGGCCGCAACAGUUCAACCAUUCAAGAAGAAUCUGAUGGCGGGAACGAAUCCGACAACGAAGCGGGUUUUGCCUCUUCCGAUGACGAGAGUGACGGAUCAGGAGAAUAUGCAUUCUGGACUCAAAAACCUACGUCUGCUGUUAAGGAUAAUGCUCCCCAAGAUUUGUGGCGAGGAUUUUCCCGCAGAGAAUCUAAUACAUCUGUUGAGACCCACCGACAUCCCGUCGAGGUCAUCCCUGCACCGAAACGCAGACCAAGCAAGGCAAGCAAGCCAGUCAAAUUUCGCCCUGGCACACCUACUCUUCCAGACAGUACAGAUUUUGUAUGUGGUACUCUGGAUGAGGAUAGGCCGAUUGAAGCUGCAUAUGUUUCGUGCUUAGAGGAGCGACGCCGCUCGAAACAUGUUCCGAUUCCACAGGAUAUCGAUCCUAGUUUCCCGACGUCCGGUCCAGAAGAUGAGGAUGACGACGAGGAGGAGACGGUGCAUUCCAAGAGCAAAAAGCACUCCAAACUGUCAAACCCAUUCAAAGGAUUUGAUGAGGAAUCCCUUCGUGGAAGGCAAAAUGCUCAUGCCCGUCGCACCACCCCGCAUCACUCCCCAAAGCGCCUUCAUUCUCCUCCGCCUCGUCGCCUAUUCGGUCGCUCUCCUCGCCACCUGAGAUCACCGCCGCCUCAUGGCAGGCUGCGAUCUCCCCCACCCACCCGUCGCACAUCUGUCACACAACGACCUCCAGCUCACCACGUGCAUUUUAACGGCCUUGCCCAACGACCAAACCGUACCCGUACCUCGUCGCUGCCUCGCACUCCAAACCCUUUCUUUGCACGCCUCGCCCAGCCUCGCCAGAUUUCCAGCACGCCUUCUACCUCGCCUGUUCAAGAUACGGCUGUUCAGGCUACACACACCCGCGGACCAAUCGACAUUGUUGCUGGCCUGGAAAAGAAACGCGAAAAGCGCAAAGAAAAAUUCUGGCGUCAGCAUUGUCGUAAGGCUGCCAAGGAACAGCUAGAGCGGAAGAAGCCUCUCUGCGGAAAAGGCGCCGAACGCAUGAGGGAACGAGGCCUCGAGGCUGCCGAACGCUUCAAGGGUUACAACGUUAUUACUGAUGGCCAACUUGUCCUAUCUGUCUGA